AUGAACGGCUGCGCCGAAACAGCUGCGCCGAAACAGCUGCGCCGAAACAGCUGCGCCGAAACAGCUGCGCCGAAACAGCUGCGCCGAAACAGCUGCGCAGAAACAGCAGCGCCGAAACAGCUGCGCCGAAACAGCUGCGCCGAAACAGCUAGGCAGAAACAGCUGCGCAGAAGCAGCUGCGCAGAAGCAGCUGCGCAGAAGCAGCUGCGCAGAAGCAGCUGCGCAGAAGCAGCUGCGCAGAAGCAGCUGCGCAGAAGCAGCUGCGCAGAAGCAGCUGCGCAGACGCAGCUGCGCAGAAACAGCUGCGCAGAAACGGCUGCGCAGAAGCGGCUGCGCAGAAGCGGCUGCGCAGAAGCGGCUGCGCAGAAACGGCUGCGCAGAAACGGCUGCGCAGGAACGGCUGCGCAGGAACGGCUGCGCAGGAACGGCUGCGCAGGAACGGCUGCGCAGAAACGGCCGCGCAGGAACGGCUGCGCAGGAACGGCUGCGCAGGAACGGCUGCGCAGGAACGGCUGCGCAGGAACGGCUGCGCAGCAACGGCUGCGCAGCAACGGCUGCGCAGGAACGGCUGCGCAGAAACGGCUGCGCAGUAACGGCUGCGCAGGAACGGCUGCGCAGAAACGGCUGCGCAGGAACGGCUGCGCAGGAACGGCUGCGCAGGAACGGCUGCGCAGGAACGGCUGCGCAGCAACGGCUGCGCAGAAACGGCUGCGCAGAAACGGCUGCGCAGAAACGGCUGCGCAGAAACGGCUGCGCAGAAACGGCUGCGCAGAAACGGCUGCGCAGAAGCGGCUGCGCAGAAGCGGCUGCGCAGAAGCGGCUGCGCAGAAACGGCUGCGCAGAAACGGCUGCGCAGAAGCGGCUGCGCAGAAGCGGCUGCGCAGAAGCGGCUGCGCAGAAGCGGCUGCGCAGAAGCGGCUGCGCAGAAGCGGCUGCGCAGAAACGGCUGCGCAGAAGCGGCUGCGCAGAAACGGCUGCGCAGAAACGGCUGCGCAGGAACGGCUGCGCAGGAACGGAUGCGCAGGAACGGCUGCGCAGGAACGGCUGCGCAGGAACGGCUGCGCAGGAACGGCUGCGCAGGAACGGCUGCGCAGGAACGGCUGCGCAGGAACGGCUGCGCAGGAACGGCUGCGCAGCAACGGCUGCGCAGCAACGGCUGCGCAGCAACGGCUGCGCAGCAACGGCUGCGCAGCAACGGCUGCGCAGGAACGGCUGCGCAGGAACGGCUGCGCAGGAACGGCUGCGCAGGAACGGCUGCGCAGGAACGGCUGCGCAGGAACGGCUGCGCAGGAACGGCUGCGCAGGAACGGCUGCGCAGAAGCGGCUGCGCAGAAGCGGCUGCGCAGAAGCGGCUGCGCAGAAGCGGCUGCGCAGAAGCGGCUGCACAGAAGCGGCUGCGCAGAAGCGGCUGCGCAGAAGCGGCUGCGCAGAAGCGGCUGCGCAGAAGCGGCUGCGCAGAAGCGGCUGCGCAGAAGCGGCUGCGCAGAAGCGGCUGCGCAGAAGCGGCUGCGCAGAAGCGGCAGCGCAGAAACGGCUGCGCAGAAACGGCUGCGCAGAAACGGCUGCGCAUAA